UUCUGUUGGUCCUUCACGACUCCCUGGUUGGGGUCUGAGAGAUGGUGCUACACAGUGGCUAGAGACGUUAUCAGAUAUGGCUCAGAAUAGAAGCCAAUGGCGAUCCUGCUGUAACCUUCUUUUACUUUCUUCAUAAAAAGUGGUUGUGUCUCCCUUACCUGAAAGAUUUCUUCUGAUUGUACCUUUUCGUUCUCUCGUUACUACGACACUACCUUACACCAAUAUCUUCGUUAUUGUUCUCUUUUUCUCUUGCGCUCCUUAGUUUUUUUUUCUACUUCUCUUCGAAUUUUCAUUGUUUUUUGUGGCGCAUAUAUAUUGGCGCUCUCUUGUACCAAUAUUCAUGUGUUCAAAUAAAUAAAUUUCUUAAAUCUAUUCGGUUGGGAUCCAAGAAAUAAUUCGGUUAUUACUAAUGAUACUUUUAGUUUCACAUUAACUCAGAGUAUUUCAUAAAAACAAUAUUCAAACUAACCCCACUCAACCUAGUUCGAUUUAGGUUGAGUGAAUAGUUUUAUUAGCCCUUAAAUUUAGUGUACCUAAUAAUCAAAUACCUGGUGAAUGAGUCAAUUAUAACUAUAUAUUUGACAAUUGACUGAUGAUAAUUUUUUAAUGAUAUCUCUUUUGUAAAGCGACUGAAUGAAAGUCAAGAGAAAAUAAUUAAUUUAGACAUGAUAUUACAGAAAGCUUUACAAGAAAAAAGAAACACACAAGAAACAUUAUCUGAAUCAUUUCAAAGUGAAAUUGAACAAAUGAAGAAUAAGCAAAAGCAAGAAGUAUUGAUCUUGAAGGAGGCUAUAUCAAAAGAGCGCAAUAGAGCACGUUUAGCAGAGAUUUCUCUUCGUCAGCAAGAAAAGGCGUGGAACGAUAUGAAGACUCGCUGGCAUGAAGAACGUAUAGCACAAUUAGGAAAUUCAUUACCAAUUGAAUCCCGUACUCAUAUGGAGGCAACUAUUGAGGCAUUACGUCUUCAGGUUAGUUAUGUAGUUUAAUUUAGACUCUUUGACCCAUUAGUUAUUAUCAGAAAACUUCGAAGACCGUCCAUGCCAAAUGUAGAUAUUGAUGUAGGCUUUUUAACGAAAAUAAAAUCUUCAGUGAAACAGA